AUGCAGCCUGUGAGUGAACCACGUAGUGCCCAGGAGAGCCCAACCCAACCGGCUGGGGAGCCAGGCACGGCACCGGGAAGAGUCCCACACAGCACCUGUGAGAACACCCAGCUGUGCCUGCAGAAGCCCCAGACAACACCCUGGGGAGCUCAGAGAAGCACCUGCCAGAGCCUCACCCAACAGCAUGGGGAGUCUGCUGGGGCACUUGAGACAGCCCCAAGCAUUGCCUGGAAGACCCCCAAGCAGAGCCUGCAGGGAUCCCACACCUCAUUGUGGGAAACCACCAUCAUUGCCAGCCAGAGCUCGGCCCAACACCUUCGAGAGCUUGGUAGAGGGACUGGGGGAGCCCCAAGCAUUGCCAGGGACAUCUCCAAGCAGAGUCUGCAGGGGUCCCACACCUCAUUGUGGGAAACCACCAUCAUUGCCAGCCAGAGCUCCGCCCAACACCUUCGAGAGCUUCGUAGAGGGACUGGGGGAGCCCCAAGCAUUUCCCGGGACAUCUCCGAGCAGAGCCUGCAGAGGUCCUACACCACAUCCUGGGAAACCACCAUCAUUGCCAGCCAGAGCUCCACCCAACACCUUCAAGAGCUUGCUAGAGGGACUGAGGAAGCCCCAAGCAACACUUGGGAGUGCUUUGGGCUUCAGUCACUGCUUUCAUUUAUGUGUCCUAAGAAGCUGGGGAUGGACGGCUGUGGCAGGAGCCAGAGAAGAGUCCUCCCAGAAUCUGCAAGCAGGACACAGCAGACAUUGCUGCCUCGCCUGUCCAGAGUGAACGGCUGGUCGAAGCCCCUCCACGGAUACCAGGCAGUAUCCUGGGCCAUAUUUGUGACUUUGGCCUUAGCCAUGUUUGGCAUUUUUAUUCCCAUGCUGCCUGGAAUGUGGAAGUACAUUGUCUAUGGAGUGAGCGGCGGGAUGUUAUUGUUCCAUGUUAUAGUGUACCUCGUCUGUGUCUCCAUCGACCCGGGAGAGGAUAAUGUGAGGAAGAAGAUUUACAGUGAACCACUGCCCACGUUCGACAGAUCCAAGCAACACCAUGUUAUAGAAGAUCUGUAUUGCUGCCUAUGUGGGGUCACCGUGAGCGAGAAAGCCAAACAUUGCCGGGCCUGCAACAAAUGCAUCGCUGGCUUUGACCAUCACUGCAAAUGGCUCAACAACUGUAUUGGGAGCAGGAAUUACUGGUGGUUCUUCUGCUCCUUGGCAUCCGCAUCGGCCUGGCUGCUGUGCUUUGUUUCCAUCUUGUUAUAUAUUGUUAUCCAGCAUCAGGUCGACCCACGUGUGCUCCGCACGGAUCCCCACUACCAAAACAUCAACAGUCAGAACACAUGGCUUCUGUUCCUGCCAUAUUUCCACCUAAAGGCAAAGACCCCAGUGGUUGUGAUAAUUGCAAUGUUGGUGCUGGUGUUGGACCUCAUCAGCCUCCUCAUGAUCGGGCAACUGUUCAUCUUCCAUCUUUACCUAAUGUCAAAUGGGAUGAGCACUUACAAUUAUUGGAAUCGAAGCCACAGACGUAGCUCAGGUGCCUCAUCAAGGAACAAAAUUCCUUCACUUCGUAUACAAAUAUGGCCAGAGGUAUGGAUGUGCCCUUGUUUCAUCAUUCCUGUUUAGUCAGGGCUGGGACGAGGCCCAAGAUCACCUUGUGGCUAGCACCACUUAGUCACAGUUCUUUACUUCUGUGUGGGCAUUGUCCUGUGUGUGUGUAAGUGUGUGUGAUGUGUGUGUGAUGUGCAUGUGAGUGUGUGUGGUGUGCAUGUUUGUGUUACAUCAUUUCUAUACUCACUCUGCAUGGGAUCCCGCCAGCA